UAUUGGAACACAACAAACAUUUCUUCGUCUAGUGCAAAAUGGCGACGCCAAGCCCAAGAAAAUUUCAGGAAAAGAUAGCGUUACUGCAACAAAGGGAAGCCGAAGGAAAACUAGAGUAUGAGCAGAUUAUGACAGAAGUCCAAGGGCUGACUAGAGCUCCAAAACCCCCAAGUCAGGGCAAACAACAGCAGUUGCUACAGCCACAGACACAGCACCAUCAUCUUCAACAGCACCAACACCAGCAGCCUCAGCCACAGCACCAUUCAUCUAGACCGCCACAAGGAGGCUCUCUGCCUGACUUCUCUAUUAAUUUGCCGGGUGCAAUGCAGGAUCUAAACAAUUUAAGGCAAGAAGUGUACCCAGGUGGUGGUAUAUCACAUCAGAGAAUACCAGUACCCCAACAGAUGCGACAGCACCAACACUCGCAGCACCUGGCCACCUCUCCAACACGACUCCAUGGUUAUAACACACUGUUGUCCCCUCCUGAGGCCCUUUCACGCUCCAUCUCUGAUUCUUCUCUCCACCAAAACUUGGUUCAGAGCAAGACAGUCAACAGUAGGAAAGUCUCAGCACCAGUUGAAGGAGUUCGGACAGAUCCUUCGAUGGUAGUCAGUUUUUAUGAAUCAGCGAGACUUGGACACGACACCAGACCAAAGUCUGGGUGUGAGUUAACACACCCAUCAGAUAUUUCUGCGGUGAACCACAUACAGCGGAGUGCAAAUAUUCCCAUCCCCACGUCCAUAAAUAAUGUUGGAGGAGCUGGACCUGGGGGAGGGGGAGGUGGAGGGGGUGUCGGAGCACUACCUAAUACUGGUUCUCUUCCUGACUUGACUCAAGUCCAAUAUCUUCAGCCCAUGAACCCACCUCUGCCUGAUACAGACUUAGCAACUUUACAGAGUUUGUCAGCAGGCUCACCUCGUCUUGGGUCAGGUUUCCCAUCAGGGACUCUGGGUGAUCCAUAUAGUAGUGGACAAGCCUCUCCCAGAGGUACAUCUCCUGGACCUUCUCCAUCCCUUUCUCGUAAACAGAAACAAAAGCCCUACCAGCCGCUCCACAUAAACCGUGUGCCGCACCACUCCCAGAGCAAAAAUCAUUUGUCUGUCCCUACUGUAAUUAAUGCACGCUACCUCCAUACAUGUAAGGGAAUGACGGUGGAUAACAGCAGCACAACAGUGGAUACACACCUAGCUAACUCUGGAUUAAAUCUUUUCGGACAGCCUUUGUCUCCCAGUGGCUCCCACCCAGCUAGUCCG